ACAAUGUCUGCGGCCUUCAGAGUAGGCAUAAAAAAUAGCUUCCGUGCAUCUGAGAAAACUGAAUGAAAAUAGGCAAGGUGUGGCGCCUAAAAGGUUACAAAUCAUUCAAAAGUUCGUAUUUUGAAUACUCUUUCAACAAUUCAAUCCAUGCAAAACUUUUGUAUUGGCUUAACUUGCUUCUUCUCAAAUCCCCUUGUGCGUGUAACCAACGGCUUUUUGUACCGACAAUGAGAAAAAAAUAACAAUAAAGUCAAAUCUAGGCGCCCACACCACAUAAAUAUUGUUUGGAUCAUUUGCAAUUUUACAGCGGGCUAGAGGUUAAAUGCUGAUAGAAUUUCAUUCCGUAACGUGCGGUUGAUACUUUUCAUUUCUUUCGAUAGUAUUGACUGGCUCAAUCGCACGUUUACUAAAUUUUCUCCAUUAGAAGCACCAAACCAUUAUUUUCAGUGUACUUUCUGUGAUGUCACAAUCACCGUUCACACGUCAUGUAAAGUUCACAAGGAAAAAUUCUACAUUACCACUGAGAUUGGGAAUCGGGCGCCUUGACGCAUUGCGCCGAAAUUAUCUCGAAGGAAGAAUUGCGGGAACUGCGAAAAAAUUCGACGAAAUUGUUUCCAUUUAAGGGAAUGAAUAUUUUGGGUGAAUACGUGAGCAGUGAACGCAACCAGAUUUACGGCUUCAUCUUUAUCUGCCGAGGAAAUGAAAAGAGAUGAGUGAAUUUCCCCCGCGUAACGAUGAAAAAAGCUCGCAGAAAGAGGAAUGUCCUUCGGACGCAAUGCAGUCCGAUAUGGCACACAAGGAAACAGAAGUGGCAGCGACAGAACAAAUUGAGGCCGGACAAUCUUCGCUGGUCAAUGAUAAAUCCGACGAUAACGAUACUUCGCCAAAUGGAAAGAGGACCAGUGAAUCUUCUUACGGAACGGAAAAUUCUGUGUUGUCUUCCCAUCAGAGUCUGCAAGCGUUGCAGGCGUUGAACAGCGUAAACCCGCAAGAAAGUGAUGAAACACGAAGCGUGGAGGAAAUAGAGAUAGGCUUGUAUGAUGAACAAGGACCAUUAAAUGACGUUGCAAUUGAAGAAGAUGAUCACGGAAGCAUUCGAGAAUGCGACUCUAGUUGCAGUAGUCCACUACUAAAUGGCCAUGUUAUUCAUAAUGAUGUUCACAUCUCAACAGAUCAACCGCAGGAAACUCAUUCAGGGACAAGUAACAAGCAGCCGAAGGAAAACAGAAGAUAUUUUUCACUAUUCUGUAGAAAAUCCCGCACUUCACCGUCAAAAACGAACAGGUCCAAUGGAGAUGUAAUUAUUAAUGUUGACGUCGAAGAAAUUUCUAUCCAUGAGAGUCCGCGACCAAAAUCGAAAUCCUAUUUGAACGAUCGUUUGAAAGGCUGGUUUCAACCUAUGGACAAUAAAAUGAACAUGAAGGUUUUCGGGAGUAGAAGAGCCUUGGCAGACGAACUUGUGCGCUACAGUAAAGUGGGUUGGAUUAUACAUCCGACUAGUGCAUUCAGGCUCUACUGGGACCUUAUGCUUCUUUCGCUGCUGAUCGUGAAUAUGUUCGUUCUUCCUGUGGCGAUUGCUUUUUUCAACGACGAUAUGAGUCCGUCGUGGAUUGCUUUCAACAGCAUUUCUGACGGAAUCUUUCUCUUGGACAUUGUUCUGAACUUUAAAACUGGUGUGCUUAUACACGGCACACCGAACAAGUUUAUCCUUGAUCCGAAGAAAAUCGCGAUACGGUACGCCAGGACAUGGUUCCUUAUUGAUCUGCUUUCUUCGUUCCCGUUUGAUUACGUCGUUUCCUCGGCGACAAGCUCAGGUUCCGGACGAUUGUUGAGUGCAUCCAGGGCAUUGCGCAUUCUGCGCAUGGCAAAACUUCUCAGUUUAUUGCGCCUGCUCAGAAUAUCACGUCUUGUGCGUUACGUCCAUCAGUAUGAGGAGGUUUUAAAUGUGACUCGUUCAGUCAUCCGGUUCGUAAAUUUGAUAAGCUUGAUGAUGUUGGUCGCGCAUUGGAAUGGUUGCAUGCAGUAUCUUGUACCAGUCCUCAACGAUUUCCCGGCGAACUCAUGGGUUAUGAAUCAUGGCUUACGAGACAAGGCAUGGACGGAGCAGUAUUUAUGGGCUCUUUUCAAGGCUUUAUCACACAUGCUAUGCAUUGGAUAUGGAAGACAUCCUCCAGCAAAUAUCCCUGAGACUUGUGUUACAAUCACCAGCAUGAUGUCUGGUGCCACGUUUUACGCGCUUUUUAUUGCUUAUUCCAUUAACGUUAUCCAAACCAUGGAUUCACCAGGUCGACAUUACAAGGAAAAGAUCCAAAAAAUUGAAGAGUAUAUGGCUCACAGAAGACUACCUGUUGGUCUCAGAGACAAAAUCACUAAAUAUUACGAGCACCGAUUUCAAGGAAAACUUUUUGACGAGGAGAAAAUUCUGUCUGAAGUUUCUCGACCAUUACGUAAGGCAAUUGUCAAUUACAACUGCCGAGAACUCGUCCGCGCAGUUCCAUUUUUCUACGAUGCUGAUCCAGAUUUUGUGUCAGCCAUUAUAACAAAACUUGACUUUGAAGUUUAUCUGGAGGGUGACGUCAUCAUACGCGAGGGGGAACUGGGAACUGAGAUGUAUUUUCUUAAAUCCGGGGUAGUGAGUGUCUCUUGUGAAGGAGUUGGCACUGAUGAUCUCUCCGAUGGAGCAUAUUUUGGAGAGAUCUGCCUUUUGACUCAUGCAAGACGCACUGCAACCAUCGUAGCAAAGACGAUGUGCGACAUAUUUAUUCUACACGCAGAAGAUUUCAGAGAGGUUGUGGAAGAAUUUCCAGAAAUGCGACACGUUAUGGAAUCAGUGGCAUCGCAAAGAUUGAGCAGAAUGGGAAAAUCGGUCGACUUUUCAAACCCCGGUUCUCCUUCGAGAGAGUGUUUGCUUGCCAAGCCUCAAACCUCGUUGUCCAGACGGAGCAGUAUUUGCUGUAGCUGUACGAACUUACUUCAACCGCGAGAAAAUAACCCGGAAAUUGUCAUCACUAGAGAGGUUUCGUCUGAUGAUGGCACGAUUAUUAAUGUAAUAAGUUAGAGAGCUUUUUUUAUUGAUUGUCGUAAAAUCAAAACCAAUAUUAUAACAAUAACCAUUCAGAGGGAAGAAAAAUACCUUCAAGAGCUCGAGCUGAUGAAAACUCAAAGUAAAAACAGACAAAUCGCCUAGAUCGCGGGAAAACGCGGGCGACCAAAUUGUGGCUGGUUUUAGUUAUGCAACUGAUUGGUUGAGAUAGUGACGUGAGAUUUCUAGACCAAUUACGGAGCGAAGUAAAGAGAAGCUAAUUCAAUCGGAUUGCUUUCGACAGUCAACUGAAAAGUGCUCCAAGAUCAGUUCUUGCAAUUUAGUUUUCGGAGGUUUACCUUUCGAUAUUCGUGUGGUGGUUUUUCCACCUAUUUCCAACUGUCAUAACGAGGUUUGAGGGCGUAGAGCUAAGCGAACAAUGCUGCUUCGAACAUUAAUCAGCCUGUGGCAGUUUUUCACGUAGUUUGCUCAGUCAUAAAGAAUGGUUGUGCAACGAAAUAAGCACCAUAUGACAAGCAAGCGAUCAGAUGAACUUAUUGAAAUUCGAAGGCGUCUUAAAGCGAAAUUUUGAGGUCAUUCUAAAGAUUUUAAAAUCAGCAUUAGCUUUUUUUCCUCACAGAACCUGUUCUUUUUUAAAAAAAGGCAACAGGUCCUGUGAAGUAAAAAUGUUUCUAGAUGGCAGACUUUGCAUACUAAUUUUUUCUGUUUCUCAAUUUUGCGAGAAAUUCAUGGGUUCUCCGAAGGUAAGUCAUUUUAGCGCUAUUUUAGCGUCGAAAGGAAUCAUAUUUGCCAGAAAUGAACGCCUAAAGUUUUAUUUGUGACUACAGCAUCUGAUUUUACAGAGAAAAAUAUUUAGAAUAAAAUAUCUGCCCAGAAAAAAAAGAUUCUAGCAUGAUCGUUUUUGACUCAACAAAGUUGAUGAUACUUCAGCUGUUGGUCUAGUGGUUCGAAACCACGGAUACGCCUAAGUGUUUACGAUAUCAUUUGCAUGGCAUUUGAAUGGAGGCAGCGUUUGCAUGAUCGCUUUUUUUUUACAGAAAAAGUCGUGUUGGUAACUACUCAUUUAAGCUUGUUUCACCCAAGGGAAUUAAAUUUGGCAUGGAUAAUCCAUGGGGUGGUGGUGAGUUUCCGCACGGCGUUAAGAUCGUGAAAAAGAAAACGUGAAACUAGAGACGCCCAAAAUUAAGUGGGAAUAACUUAAAUGCAGCAUGAAAAUAUUUUGAAGCUGCCAAACUUUUAAAAUGUCCUAAGGGAACCAAAUGCGGGUAAGUCUAUUUAGUAAGUAUAGUUUAUUUAAUCACAUAUUUUGUCUCGACUUUCACAUCCGGGAAAGUUUUCUUCAUUGGAUUAAUAAAAGUGCUAGAUGAAUUUGUAAUCUGCACUGUUCACAGAUAGCUUAACCUUACUAGUCCAAUCUUUGUUAGCUGAUAUGCAACACAACAUGGCUUCAUGAGGAUUCCACCCCGUUCCUCUCAGAUGUGCUGGUUGUGCGCUACCACAAACUGAACUAUGAAGUAACGCUCGAAACGUCAGCUUUUGUAAUCAUUACGGUGGCCAAUUUACCAUUUCAACUUUGUUGAUCUAUCCAAAUUAUGAAGUAACAUGUUGGGAGCGGAACGUAUUUUA